AAUCACUGUUGCUCAGCGCUGUUGAACUUGUUCAGACUUGUUCGCCCUCAGAUUGGCCUUGUUCUCGCCGUCGUGUCGACUUUUACUUUCACAUUGGAACUCUGUCAAACCCUCGAUUCAUCAAUUUUGCAAUGGCUCGCGGCGCCGCAACACCUCAGCCCGCCCCAGAUUCUCCUCGCGCGUCGUCGGAAUCCCCGCCUCCGGCUGGCGUUCAAGGCGACCUCGAGCUGGAGCUGCUCGGGCUCGCAAAUGCCCUCUAUAACCUUGGUACUACUGUGGUCAAUGACCUCACCAAAGAGAAGGACAGACCUGGUGGCGGCGGCAAGCAGGUCGGGAUGAGAGUCAACGAGGUGAUUAACCACCUUGCGACCAUCGACGACAUGUCGCAGCAUGUGCACACCAUGAUACCAAUGCAAGUCCUGGCGGACAUCGACAGCGCGCGAAACCCGCUGCAGCUGACGAAGGAGCGACUCGAGCGUGCGGCGACCGAGAACCAAUUCAUGAAUGGGAAAAUUCAAGCAAUUGAUUCUUACCGCACGCACUUGGACGAAGUGCUCACGCAAACGUUCCCCGAGCUCACGCAGUACCUGUCCACGUCAGGUCCGAUAGAAUCGCCCCACCUGAACAUGAACUUUCCUCCGGUUGAAGAUCCUGAUCAGAAACCCUUGAACGGCAUUCAUAGCGGAUGAAUGGCGUCCAGGGUACCACAGGGUGUGUUCCAUGUCCUGUUGUUAUUAUGAUGUGCUAAUCGUGUGAGCUUUUCGUAAGACAGAUGUUUCAGCCA